AGUGCAUAAGACAAUCGUCAAAGGUUCAAUCAAUUGAAGAAGAUAUUACUGUCAGAUAGAAAAUAUACACUUAAUCUGGAUACACAAAUACAGUAUUGAGAAAAUAGUACUAUUUUCUCUUGCAAUGGUUUACAAGGCUGACAUCAAAUCCUUAGUUGUUACUUCAUGGCAAAAUAGUAACCAACUUCCACUUUGGCAGCCCCCUCCCACCCACCACUCACCCUACAGGAACCUGAGAUGGGUCUCUCUCUCAUUCACACUCCACUUUAAGCACCCCAGUUUUCCCCUCUAACAGCACAGGCCUGAAGUAUUUAUUUUUCCAAUGGACAUGUUGGCGGAUCCUGCAGACAGACCGAAAGGAUGGUACCUUCCUCUGAUGGCUCCCAACACAAAAGGACCAACGUUUGCCUGGCUGGACCCGUCCAGACUCUACUGCAACUCCCAGGCUCUAGCAGACUGUGUCAAAGACCUUCUCAGCCCAUUCCACGGUGACACCAUUGAUCUGGUUGCUGGGAUAGAUGCAAUGGGAUUCAUUCUUGGUGCUUCUGUUGCCACCGCCCUUGGAAAAGGUUUUUUGGCUUUCCGCAAAGCAGGACACCUGUGUGUGGCAACCCAAGACCAGAUAUACACUGACUACACAGGCAAAGAGAAGACUUUGGAAGUAAGACUGGAUGUGCUAAAACCAGGUAUGAGGGUGCUGCUGGUGGACCAAUGGAUAGAGACUGGAGGCACCAUGAAGGCUGCCAUCCAGCUGGUGGAGAGGCAGGGAGCCACUGUUGUAGGUGUAGCCGCUGUGGCCAUCGAGAACACUGAAGGAGGAAAGUGGAUUAAAGAAAAUUACAAAUUCUCUCAUUGCAUCCCUGAAGAUCUCCAGAGACAGAUUGAUGGGAAGUAUCUAGAUUCCUUCAAAAGUUUCAACUGAUAGUGCUCACAAAAUAAGUACCAGCAUAGACUUGUUGUAAAUGUUUUAACACAUGCUAUACUUAAUAAACGUGCUAGAAAAAAAAAAGAUAA